UUAAAUGAUUGGUCUAUCUGGUUUCGCCUUUCAAUAUUCAGACCUCCCAAAAAUAUCGGUCUCGCGGGUUCUCCUUCGAAGCAACGAACAAUAAAAAAAACAAAAGGGGGAUAAGACUCCAAAGAAAAUCCAAACUCUCUUUUAAAAUCUGCGAUUCAAUUUUCCAAUGGAAUUGGAGCUUCGUUUGAAUUAAAUUUUCUUUUUUUUUUUGAGAAAUUAGGAUUUAAAAAAGAAAAAAAAAUGAAUAUUGCAGCAAGUUUUCGCGGGAACUUUGGUGUCUUAUCUCAGUGUAGCUCUUGUUGUGAUCUUCGGUUUCAGCCAUUGUUAUCUUCUCCAACUCUUACUGAGUCGCAACGCUGUCGUUUAAGGAACUUGAAGCUUUCCCAGCUCUCUAGAUUUUGCAGGAAAAGAGGGAUUAUUUGUAGAGUUACAGAGACAGAAACUGAACCAGAUAGUAAUAAUGAUAAGGAGAAAGCAGAGCAUGAUGGUGGAGAUAAGCUUGCUACUACUAAUUCUGGGGAGCAAAAUGGUUCCCAGAUCGAUUCGCAGCCGAUGAAUGUUGAGCAAAUAAACAAUAAUGAUGAAGAGAUUAAAGCUCAAGGUGGUGUCCAGGAGGAUGAUGAUGUUGAAGUUACUAGUGGAUCGCCUCUGCCAGGUGUGAAGCCACAGCAACUGGAUGAAUCAAUGAGGAUUACGAAGGAAACCAUUGACAUUCUAAAGGAUCAAGUAUUUGCAUUUGAUACUUUCUUUGUGACAAGCCAGGAACCAUAUGAGGGUGGAGUGUUGUUCAAAGGAAACCUGCGAGGACAGGCUACUAGAAGUUUUGAAAAAAUUUCUAUGAGAAUGCAGAACAAAUUUGGCGAUCAAUAUAAGCUUUUCCUUCUUAUCAAUCCAGAAGAUGACAAACCAGUGGCAGUUGUUGUUCCAAAAACGACUUUGCCUCCAGAGACGACCGCGGUCCCUGAGUGGUUUGCAGCUGGGGCUUUUGGUCUGGUUGCAGUGUUUACAUUACUUCUUCGGAAUGUGCCUGCACUGCAGUCCAACUUAUUAUCAAUAUUUGACAAUCUCAACUUGUUAUUGGAUGGUCUACCUGGAGCCUUUGUUACUGCACUGCUUCUGGGGGUACAUGAAUUGGGCCACAUCUUAGUAGCAAAGAGCACAGGAGUUAAGCUUGGUGUUCCAUUCUUUGUUCCCAGUUGGCAGAUAGGCUCUUUUGGUGCCAUAACAAGGAUCAAAAAUAUUGUUCCCAAGCGUGAAGUCCUUCUGAAGGUUGCAGCAGCUGGACCUUUAGCUGGCUUUUCCUUGGGUUUUGCCUUAUUCCUUCUAGGCUUCUUCUUGCCACCAAGCGAUAGUAUUGGAGUUGUUGUUGAUGCUUCUGUGUUUCACGAAUCAUUUCUUGCUGGGGGUGUAGCAAAGCUUCUUCUAGGUGAUGUACUGAAGGAAGGCACUCCUAUAUCAGUUAACCCACUUGUAAUUUGGUCAUGGGCUGGACUUCUCAUCAAUGCCAUCAACAGCAUCCCUGCAGGGGAGCUAGAUGGGGGGCGAAUCUCCCUUGCAAUAUGGGGAAGAAAGGCUUCAUCUCGCUUCACAUCAAUCUCCAUUGGGCUCCUUGGACUCUCUUCAUUGUUCAAUGAUGUGGCAUUUUACUGGGUAGUUCUCAUAUUUUUCUUGCAGAGGGGGCCAAUUGCUCCACUCUCUGAGGAAAUCACUGAUCCUGAUGACAAGUAUGUUGCCCUUGGAGUUUUAGUUUUGAUCUUGGGAUUGCUUGUAUGUUUACCAUAUCCAUUCCCUUUCACAUAUGACUCCUCUAAUACUGAUUUUCAGUGAUAAUACACAAUCAAACCUACCUUGGAUUCCUUUCUGUGGAUGAUUUUCAGAGGAAAUGGUCAUGAAUGAUAUACAAAAUUACAAAUUGUCUUGUAAAGUGGCUGUCAUUACAUGAUAGUGAUAUAGAAUGAAUAAUUUUGAUAUUGAUGGCUAGUUAUUUCUGAAUUGUUUUUAACGAUGGCGGAUCUUGACGCUUGAUUUCGGAUUCAAUCAAAUAU